AUGCAAGCCCCACACGAAUUUUGGGCAGCUCGGCAAUGGCAGAAAAGCUUCGAUGCAGUGGGCUGCAAUGGCCCAGGUCAAGUGCACAAAGCGCUUCAACACUUGAUGGGUGCAGGGGAGUGGCUGAAGAGUAUGUGUGAGGAUGAUGGCUUCAUUGCCGCAAGGCGCAAGGUUCUACGUCUGCGUGCUGGGUUGAGUGACAAAGACUACAAGGUGCCCAAGUUCCGGUUCAUCAUUUUGGAGGGGCCGCGCGCUGUCAUCUCAGAGCGUGUUGUGAGCGACCACAACUACGAACUCAACCUGUCGUAUCUUGCUAGCUUUGCAAACAACCUUCCCCGUCGGAAGGAACUUGAGGAUACUGGCCAACCCGUGGGUGCCAACAGGCCUGGACAUGAGCGAACUGAGACGUUGAAGGCUGUGAUACGGCAGAAGUUGGAGGAGAAGAUGCCAGGAGAGAACCCAGAUGAAGCAGAAACACUGCCAAUGCCAGACACAGUUUCUCCCCCGUCAGCUUCCCCGCAGCAAGUAUCACCUUUCAUCGAAUCCCAGUGGAGGUUGGGAAGGGGAAAUUCGACAUCCAAUUUGGGUGACUGGGACUGGCUGGAAACUGCCGAAGCCAACACUGCUCCCGAGACUGACAUGACUGAUGAAGAUGAGCAUGAUGAAACCCCAGAAGAAGAGUGUCUGACAGAAGAUGACAUGGUUGAACCCUUGGAGCUGGAAACCUUAUACCAAGACAAUGAGACCUUGCAGAUCCUGUCAGAUGAUGAAUGUGUGAUGAGCCCGUCGAAACCUCGCCCACCAAUGGAGUCCAAAGACGACGCCAUGGAGCCCAAAUUAGAGAACAACAAACAGAAUGAUGGGCAGGAGCAGAACAGGUACAAGGAGCAAAAUGAGCAGACAGAACAGAAGAGCAAGACUGAUUCUGUCCCCAAGUCGUUGAACGGGAAGUCUGUUGAUAGUCUGGAAAAACUUCAACCGGAAAAAGUUGUGGAUUUCAAGCCAAACAAAAAUGAUGAGAACAAGGCUGACCCCCCCCAGGAGGAAACCAAACCUUCUGUAGAUGCGUGUGCCCAACAAGAACUUGAGGAAGCAAGGGUCGCAGAGGAAGUAGAGGAUGAAGUGAAAAGUGAUGAAGGAGAUCGAAAAUCCCUCGGUGAACUUCCCGAGAAGAAAGAGAAGCUUUGGAAAGAAGUGGACGAGAGUUUGGAAGUACUGGAGAAAGAUGAAGAACAUCAUGAGAAAGAAUUUCUGAAGGCACAGCUGGCACUCCGCCAGAUGCAAAAGGAGGCAGACGGAGAGUACGAGGACCCUGACCGUCAGUAUCUUGAGGAUGACGAAGAGCCACGAAAAAAAGGUUCCACUGCUGACAUUGCUGGAGAGGUUGAACCAGCUGUUGCGGUUGAAGAUGCUGACAAUAACACAGGAGACAAGACUGAGACUGAGCCACAGGAGGAGAAAGAACCAGAUCAACAGGAACCUGAUCGAAAAGGAGUUUCGGCUGGCUCAGACGAAAAACCUGUUGCACCAGCUGAUGUGGAAAACAAUGAAGGGAACGACAAGCAGGAUGAGAAGGCAAAAGCAAAGCAUGCGCUAGAGAUCAAGCAAGCACAAGCCAGAUGUGAAAACCUGGUGAUGUUGAAGGCUGCUGUUGAUGAUCCAGAUUUGCGCUUUCCCCCGGUUGGGCUCCUUGAUCAGAAGUCCUGGACUAUGGUGCCACCAGAGGAUGUGAAGAGUGAAUGCCGCAUCCAAGUUCUGCUUGAGACCCAGCUACAUUUGGUGGACUUCAUCGCCCAGAACGCAGAAAGUUAUGACCAAUACCGGGUCUGGAUCUUGGAUCUGGAUAUGGUCGAUGCCUUUGCUGGGGCUGCAGCAUUGCAUGGCUUCUUGAAGAUCCUGACGCAAGUGCUACGAAUUCGGAUCACAGUGCGUUGGAUCAUCCUCGGGUUGAUUGCGGCGGCCCGUGGAGUCUACUUCGUUACAGAACAGCCCCGCAGUUCUUUGAUGCCUUUGAUAGCUUACUUCAGGCAAGGUGGCCCAGGGAUGAAAGGAUCGGCUGAAUAUCCUCGGAGGUUUGCCAGGCAGAUGCUGCUGGAGCAAUGGAAGUGCCACACCACCUGA